AUGGCUGAUAAGCGCAAAUCUAGCUAUUCCAAGAAACGGGAGUCGUCAUUGACAAAGAAGGAUGCUCAGGACAAGAUCAAAAAGCUCUUCGACCAGAAACUUCAAGGGGCUACGGGAAGUCAGCGAAUUACUGUCUCAGCAGGAGCUCGUUCAAGAUCGACGAUGGCUCGAGAAUCGCGUGCGAUGUCUGCCGUUGGGUCCAACAAAAUGUCAGUAAAGAAGGAUAACAUGGAUUCUAAUCAGAGGGCAGAGGCUGGUGCUUUGGAAGCUCAUCUGCGUGCUAUUCAGCCUUUCAAUGAGUGUUGGUUUGUUGAAAGCACAAUCAGUGCUGGUACAUAUGGUGUUGCUUUUCGUGUGUUACACAAAAACGAAAAGACCAAAGCAGUCAUCAAAGUUGCGAGAAGUUUGUCUGGAAGUGCCAAUUCUGCUGCUGAAUGGGAAGCUUUUGUUCUUGAGAAAAUGUGGAGAAGGGAGCCUGGAGCGAAUGUUGUGCGUAUUUUGGAUAAAGGAAUGCUGCAAGACCAAAAUGACGAGGCUCUCGAAUUUAUGGCUUUGGAAUUUUGUGACACUUCUGUGCGUGAAUACAUUAAUGGGGCCAAAGGAUUUGAGCGUAAAGAACGUGUUUGUCGUGUGGCUUUAGGUUCUCUGAAGGGAUUGUAUGAUCUCCACGCCAACGGGUUUUUGCAUCGUGAUAUGAAGCCAGAUAAUAUGGGAAUGAUCACUAAACCCGAUUUGGAUCCUGUUUGUGUUCUAUAUGAUCUUGGAAUGGCUAGAAUGUAUACAGAUGGAGACGGAAAUCUGCGAACACCUCGAACAAUCUGUCCGUUUCGUGGAACUCCUGAGUGGGCAUCUGGACAUUCAAUCAAAGGCAGAGAACAGACUCGUUUUGACGAUCUUGUUGGUUGGUUCUAUGUAAUGGUGGAGCUGUUUGAUCAGUCAAUGAUUGAUGAUACUUCGUUGCCUUUUCCUUGGGAUUUUGUUACGGAUAAGAGUACUCCUGCUAUGCGUUAUCUAAAGUCAAUUUAUUCGCCUGCUCGUCUUUUGCUCAAACGAUGUCCACCACAAUUCAAUUCAAUCUAUAUGUAUUUGAUGUGUGCUAAUCGAAGUAAUGCUCCUGACUACGAUUAUAUUGCAAACCUUGUUGGAACUGCAAUAGAGCUUAGCAAGGCUUAUAGCAUUAAACAAGAAGAGGAAAAGGCUAGCCUUAAUAAUGGAAAUGAUGAUGUUGAGGAAGGUGAAGAUACUAUUGGAGAGGAAGUGGCUAAGAAACCUAAGGGGAAACGAAAGUCUGCGGAAAAGACUGCAAAAGAAGUGAGUAGUAAAUGAAGGAAGAAAUUGAAUUUGUAUAUUGUUUGUUUGUUGUAUAUCUAGUAUCCAAAUCCUAAUUGUAAUUGUA